GCUGGCAGAGGAGGUGGAUAGACGGUCUCCUCUCGGUGGGAUUGUCCAACGGCACGCGGCUUCAACAUGCCUCCGAGGAACACAAGACUGUCUGCGCUCGUCCUGCUCAUCUCCUCGCUGCUCCUCAGCCCCUGCGGGACAGACAUUUGUGACAGCCCGCUGGUGUCCAACCUGCCCCAUUGGUCAUUCCGGAGCUCUUCCCAGCUGUCCAGUAGCCACGGGCCAGUCUACGCUAAGGUCAACAGGAGAGAAGGAGCUGGAGGUUGGUCUCCUUUCCUCUCAGACAGACACCAAUGGCUGGAAGUGGACCUGGGUAAGAGGACCCAAAUCGCAGCUGCCGCCACGCAGGGACGUUACGGCAGCUCCGAUUGGCUGACGGCCUACCUGUUGAUGUUUAGUGACACAGGACACAACUGGAGACAGCACCGUCAAGAAGACACGUCCGGGGCUGUUCCGGGUAACAGUAAUGCCGACACUGUUGUCCAGUACAAACUUGACGAGCCGGUGGUUGCUCGCUUUCUUCGCCUCAUUCCGCUGGCCUGGAACCCGACUGGGAGGAUUGGACUUAGACUAGAAAUAUACGGCUGUCACUAUGCUUCUGAUGUUGCAAACUUUGAUGGCGGCAGCAGCUUGCUGUACAGGCUGAACGCGAGACCCAGCCCCAUGGCCAUUUCUUUGAAUCUGAAAACCCUGAAGAAUUGUGGGAUGGUGUUCCAUGCGGAGGGGAAGGGAGAUCACAGCCUCACUCUGGCACUGGAAAAUGGCCAGCUGCAGCUCUUUCAACAACAAGGUAUGAGCUCAUCCUCUGGUGGUGAUCUAUUGGUGACAAUGGGAAGUCUACUCGAUGACCAACAUUGGCACCACGUAAAGCUAGAACGGAUUGGUAACUACCUCAAACUCUCUGUGGAUAAAAACACACAGCAGGUUGUCGUACCAGCUGAGCUCAGUCACUGGAACAUUCGCUGGUUGAGUGUCGGAGCUGUGCAUAGCCUAGCACAGAGGAGUCAUCUCUACGACAAACACUUCCACGGCUGUAUGGAAAACCUGUCUUACAAUGACCUCAACCUGAUAGAUAUUGCUAAACACAACAACCCCCAAGUCACUGUUGUGGGCAAUGUGACUUUUUCUUGUGCCGAGCCAGUUUCAGUAGCUGUGACAUUCAGCCACUCCCAGAGCUUCCUGCAGAUGCUGGGACACACAACAGGGUCAUGGGGGCCGGUCGUUAUAACUCUACAGUUCCGGACUUGGAACGAGGAGGGACUACUGCUCACCUUUAAGCUUCCGCGGCAGCACAGAACUCUCUGGCUGCACCUGAGUGAAGCUCGACUCUGCCUGCAGAUCAAUGACACUGGAGGGGCUCUUUUCCAGCUCAGCACAGGCUCAGGACUGGACGAUGGUCAGUGGCAUUCAGUGAAGCUGAGUUGCAGACAAGAUCAUCUGAGCGUCACAGUGGACAAAGAUGAAGAAGCCACAGCCAACACUGCAGACAUCCCACAUUCUGAGGGACCAUUUUUCUUUGGGGGCUGCCCUCCGCCGGGUGGGAAUGACAAUUGCAGGAACCCCUUCAGAACCUUCCAGGGAUGUAUGCGCCUCUUGACUCUGGAUCAGCAACACGUGGACUUCCUCACUUUGCAGCAAAGGCGGAUGGGAAAUUAUAGCCACUUGCAGAUUGACAUGUGCGACAUUAUUGACAGGUGUUCCCCCAGUCUCUGUGAACAUGGAGGGAAAUGUACUCAAUCAUGGAGCGCCUUCCAUUGUAAAUGCUCCGACACGGGCUACGGAGGGGCCACCUGCCACAGCUCAAAAUACGAACAGUCAUGUGAGGCAUACAAACAUCAAGGCAUCCCGUCGGGGCAUUAUUACGUGGAUGUGGACGGCAGUGGACCCAUCAAACCUCAGCUCAUAUAUUGUAACAUGACAGACAGGGCAUGGAUGGUGAUUGAGCACAAUAACACAGAGCUGACUGCACUGGAUUCAUCCUCGGCGGGAAGACAACGUUCCGUCCAAUUCCGCUAUGCUUCGGAAGAGGAACAGUUAGCAGCGGUCCUCAGCCAAUCAGAGCAUUGCGAGCAGGAGCUGUAUUACCAAUGUCGGAAGCCCCGCCUCCACAGCAAACCAGACAGUGCAUCGCUCAGCAGGUGGAUUGGAGGUCAAGGUCCUGGACAGGUCCAGAACCACUGGGAUGGAGCUCUGCAGCACAGUGAACUGUGUUCUUGUGGCCUUCACAACAACUGUCUGAGUUCAAAUAUCCAGUGCAACUGUGACACAGGCAACAACCAAUGGACUAAGUAUUCAGGUCUCCUCACCCUUAAGGAGACUCUCCCAGUCCGGUCUCUGGUCCUGGGCGGCAUACAGCCAGGGUUAGAGUCUGCCUACAAAGUGGGACCUCUACGUUGUCAUGGAGACAAAGGUUUUUGGAAUGCCGCACUGUUUGACAAGGAGACAUCCUACCUCCACUUCCCCACCUUUCACGGGGAGCUGAAUGCAGACAUCUCCUUCCUCUUUAAAACCACGUCCUCGUCCGGGGUCUUCCUGGAAAAUCUGGGCAUCAAAGAUUUCAUUCGAAUUGAACUGAGCUCUCCAUUUGAGGUCCUCUUCUCCUUCGACGUGGGCAACGGCCCGCUGGAGGUCAGCGUGAAAAGCGGCGCGGCCCUCAACGACAACCGCUGGCACGGCGUCCGAGCCGAGCGCAACGUGAAGGAGGCGUCGCUCCACGUGGACGACCUCCCCGCCGCCGCGCAGGAGGCGCCGUCCGAUGGCCAGAUCCACCUGCAGCUCAACAGCCAGCUGUUUGUAGGCGGCACAGCAUCCAGACAAAAGGGCUUUUUGGGAUGUAUCCGCUCUCUGCAGCUAAACGGCGUCAUUCUCGACCUGGAGGAAAGGGCCCGGAUCACCCCGGGGGUCCAGCCUGGAUGUCCGGGCCACUGCAGCAGCUACCAGUUUCUCUGCCAAAACCAGGGUCGGUGCGUGGAGCAGCACAGCGGUUUCUCUUGCGACUGUCGUCGGUCGUCCUACACCGGAGCCUUCUGCCACGAAGAGAUCUCAGCCAACUUUAAGUCCACCACAUCCAUAAGAUAUACCCUCAAGGAGCACCACGAGCUGAGCCCAAACCACAGUGCCUUGCCCUCAUCCAUCUUCUCUGACAUGACGUCGAAAGGAGAAAACGUCACCCUGAAAUUCAGGACCAGGCAGAGCCCCGCUCUGCUGCUCUUUGUCGACUCCUUCCACCGGGAAUACCUCGCCCUGAUGAUCAACGAACAUGGUGCACUGGAGUUGAGGUACAAGUUGCACAGCAGCAGAGAUGCAGAAGUGCUUGGAAGCAGCGUGAAGAACCUAGCAGAUGGACGCCUGCACUCAGCGGCCAUUAGGAGGCGAGCAGAAUAUGUCUCCAUCCAGGUUGACGAGAAUCCCAGAGAGAGCUUCAUCUUGACAUCUGAUGAAGACUUCGACGGCAUCAAAGUGAUUAUUGUGGGUAGACUACACGAUGCUGACGUGGCUGACACGGAGCUGGCAAGUUUGGCCUCCCUUGGCUUCAGCGGUUGUCUAUCAGCGGUGGACUUCAACUCCAUCAGUCCGCUGAAAGCAGCUCUUCUCCAGCCUGGCAGCCAUGUGACCAUCACUGGUGUGCUGACACAGUCCGGCUGUGGCUCUCCCGUCCUUGCCCAUCCACAAUCAUCACAAACAACACAUUCUUUACCAGAAACACCCGCCUCGCUGGAUCCCAGUCAACCACUGGUCAACACCGUGAGGACUGACGCGGCUCUAAUUGGAGGGGUGAUCGCGUUGGUGGUUUUCGUCACGUUAUCAGUGUUGGCCGUCAUCGCCAGAAUCGCCUGCACCCGCCGUGAGACAUACCCACACCCUGACUUGAAAGCAGCACAGCCUGACAUCACCGACGCUCACCUCAGCGAAGAGACGGUAUACCAGAGUGCAGCUCAUGCCAACCAAAAGGAGUUUUUCAUAUAGACACGGAGCUCAUGACAGAAGUGCUCCUCCACUCUACACCCCGUUUACAUAGGAGCUGGGAAAUUGUGUUGGAUGUCAAUAUAAACGGAAAAUCCUUUUCAAGCCAUAUUCAGUUGAAUAUGCUACAAAGACAACAUAUUUGAUGUUCAAACUGAUAAACAUUUUUUUUUUUUGUGCAAAUAAUCAUUAAGUUUAGAAUUUGAUGCCAGCAACACGUGACAAAGAAGUUGGGAAAGGUGGCAAUAAAUACUGAUAAAGUUGAGGAAUGCUCAUCAAACACUUAUUUGGAACAUCCCACAGGUGAACAGGCAAAUUGGGAACAGGUGGGUGCCAUGAUUGGGUAUAAAAGUAGAUUCCAUGAAAUGCUCAGUCAUUCACAAACAAGGAUGGGGCGAGGGUCACCACUUUGUCAACAAAUGCCUGUGCAAAUUGUUGAACAGUUUAAGAACAACCUUUCUCAAGCAGCUAUUGCAAGGAAUUUAGGGAUUUCACCAUCUACGCUCCGUAAUAUCAUCAAAGGGUUCAGAGAAUGUGGAGAAAUCACUGCAGGUAAGCAGCUAAGCCCGUGACCUUCCAUCCCUCAGGCUGUACUGCAUCAACAAGCCACUUCAGUGUGUAAAGGAUAUCACCACGUGUGCUCAGGAACACUUCAGAAACCCACUGUCAGUAACUACAGUUGGUCGCUACAUCUGUAAGUGCAAGUUAAAACUCUCCUGUGCAAGGCGAAAACUGUUUAUCAACAACACCCAGAAACGCCGUCGGCUUCGUUGGGCCUGAGCUCAUCUAAGAUGGACUGAUACAAAGUGGAAAAGUGUUCUGCGGUCUGACGAGUCCACAUUUUAAAUUGUUUUUGGAAACUGUGGACGUCGUGUCCUCCGGACCAAAGAGUAAAAGAACCAUCCGGAUUGUUCUAGGUGCAAAGUGUAAAAGGCAGCAUGUGUGAUGGUAUGGGGGUGUAUUAGUGGCCAAGACAUGGGUAACUUACACAUCUGUGAAGGCGCCAUUAAUGCUGAAAGGUACAUACAGCUUUUGGAGCAACAUAUGUUGCCAUCCAAGCAACGUUACCAUGGACGCCCCUGCUUAUUUCAGCAAGACAAUGCCAAGCCAUGUGUUACAUUAACGUGGCUUCGUAGUAAAAGAGUGUGGGUACUAGACUGGCCUGCCUGUAGUCCAGACCUGUCUCCCAUUGAAAAUGUGUGAAGCCUAAAAUAGCAGAAGGGAGACCCCCGGACUGUUGAACAACUUAAGCUGUACAUCAAGCAAGAAUGGGAAAGAAUUCCACCUGAGAAGCUUCAAAAAUGUGUCUCCUCAGUUCCCAAACCUUUACUGAGUGUUGUUAAAAGGAAAGGCCAUGUAACACAGUGGUGAACAUGCCCUUUCCCAACUACUUUGGCACGUGUUGCAGCCAUGAAAUUCUAAGUUAAUUAUUAUUUGCAAAAAAAAAAUAAAAAAUUAUGAGUUUGAACAUCAAAUAUGUUGUCUUUGUAGCA